CUGUCCGGAUACUCCUGGUGCUGGAACUGAACACAGAAGCUGAGCUAACUUGGCUAACUAAUGCUAGCAUCGUUGAGCUGGGGUUACCAGAUUUUCUCGCUGGGCAGCAGGGGGGGAUUUCUGAAAAGUGUACGCUUUCAGUCGUGCUUCUUCUUCUCCUGUUUGUGUGAAGUGUCCCAUGUUACAGAUUGAGCUCGUGGAUGAAGAGAUCUGCCAGCGGACCGAAGAAUUCGAGCAGGUCACCAUGGAAACCUAAUGUUAGCGACGUUAAAGCUGGACGGCUGUUUAAAGUCUUACCUGCCAUUAAACAGCGCUGAAAGACGGAAACACGAAGAGUUUGCCGUGAUGGAGUUUCCUCAGCAUUCCCAGCAGCUGCUGUCCGCCCUGCGGUCUCAGCGCCAGCGGGGCUUCCUCUGUGACUGCACCGUCCUGGUGGGCUCAUCCCGUUUCCUGGCUCACCGGGCUGUUUUGGCCUCCUGCUCGCCAUUCUUCCAUAUGUUCUACUCAGACUCUCCAGGAGGAAACAGCACCAGCAGCUCUGUCACGCUCGACAGUGACAUUGUCACAUCAGCUGCAUUUGGCUUGCUCUUGGACUUUGUCUAUGAAGGAGUGCUGCAGCUUGAAGAGUCACCUCCAGUGGAGGACGUAUUGGCAGCUGCAAGCUUUCUACACAUGAAUGAGGUGGUUAGAGUUUGCAAGAGACGGCUGCAGAGACGAGGGCCUCUGGCUGAGGCAGACAGCACACGCUCUGAAGAGAGUGCUGGUUCGAGGAAGGAAAUAGAGACACGGAGGGAGGAUGGGGGUGACCGUGGAGCAGAGCCCAUGGUGGCCAUGGCAUCAGAUCACUCAAAUCCAGUCACCAUAGCUGCACCACUGUUAUCAGCAUCCAUGGUGGCAGAGAGGAGCCAUGUGGAGACUGUGAAGUCUGAACAAAGGACUGGUGGGGGGUCAUCAGAGGCACGAGUUCAGACUCCUUUGAGCCCCGAUCUCGCCGAUACCACCCAGCCAGGCAUGGAUGGCCCUCCUCUGCCCCCAGGUGGAGAGUUGGUGCAAGGCUUCAUCACAGGCCAGUCUGCCCCUGCUCCUGGAGGUCACAUCAGGAUGGGGGCUGUGCAUCAGGGAGAAGGCACCGCACUCUGUAGUCCUUGUAGCACCACUGAGACAUACAGUAACCAGCAGCCUUCCUCCUCGUCCUCUUCUUCUCUGGUCCCAGUGAGCCAGGCUGCUGGUCGCUCACUGGUUGCUGUUCACCAGUCAGAAUCCAGUGCACAUCCUGAUGAACCGCAACUCCCACGCAAUGGCUCUUUAUGGGAACCCUCAGUGACUGAUGACAGAAGUACAUUAGGCAAAAGACAGCAGAUGGUUAUGUUGAUCCAAGCAUCAGCUCUGACCUCACGUUUACAAUUAAGCGCACCAAAGACGCUGUCCCUGCGUGCGCCUCCACAGAUCCGAAUUCAGAGUGCCGUAUCGCUCCAAACCCAGAACUCAGAAUCCCUCGCUGCUGCUCCUCCUCCUCCUCCUCAGAGACAAAUGCUUAAAGGACCUGAGGGGGGCACUGGAGCUUCAUCUAAUACUAAAAAUCACCCUCUAAUGGGGACAGAUAGGAGAGGCAGUGAUGGAGAGAAUGUGAAAGUUAAAGUGGAGGCCAUUGUUAUAUCAGAUGAAGAGCUGGAGGAGGAGAAAGAGGAAAGCAGAGAGAGAGAACCCGUGAUGGAAGUUGAUGAUGACUUUGAAGAUGACAUCCAGGAAGAAGAUCUGAACAGCCCUCAGUUUCUCUCUUCUCACCCACAGGGCUUCUUACAAUUGACCUCCCAAACAAAUGAUUACUCCUUCCCCCUCUCUCCCUCCUCCUCCUCCUCUGGGGCUGGACCUUCCUCCCAGGAUGCUUCCUCCUUCACUGCAUCCCUCAUUCCUCCAUCCACAUCUCAGCAGCACUCUGACCCUGUUGCAUACUUCCAGGAGCUCCAGGACUCUGUAGGAAACUUCGUAGAGGACGUACCAACGUGUGGUGUCUGUGGAAAAACUUUCUCGUGCACCUACACCCUGAGACGCCACGCCAUCGUGCACACACGGGAGCGGCCGUAUGAGUGUCGCUACUGCUACCGAAGCUACACACAAUCGGGCGAUCUGUACCGACACAUUCGCAAAGCGCAUGACCACACGCUGCCAGCCAAACGCAGCAAAGCAGACACAGAGUCCUCUCUGCCAGCGCAGCCACCACCACCACCUCCUCCACCUCUUAGCUAACACAGACACCUUUCGCUUCCACAACAAAAUGUACAGUAUGUACAUUUUCUCAAAGACUCCAUACUGUUUGGUAUGUAAUCUGGACCAACCACCUUUCCUCUCUUUAUUCUCUUCAUAGCUGCCUUCACUUCCUCCUUACUAAUCCUCUGCAUUUCCUGAUUCACUAUCUUUUGUCUGUCCUCUUCUCUGAUUU